AAAGGUCAUGCUAGGAUAUUAUGAUCUAGUAUAUCUAGGAAGAAGCUAUAGAUAUUAUAGCUAGCUAGCUAGCUACGGUAGGUACGCGGCAUAGGUAGCCAUCUAGCCUGAUCUUGUCUAAAAACUUACAAAGAACAACUAAAACAUAAUCUACCAACCCCUUCAGGCUGCUGGAGCACUGAUAGAAAAUGGAGGCGUUCAUGAAAAUCUUGCUGUUUUCAGCAAUACUCACUACUACAGUGCUGGGUCAACAAAAUGCAGGAUGCCUUGGAACCAGGCUAAACACAAUCCCAGAAUGUGUGGCAAUGCAACAGGCAGCCACCACUGAUCCAGCCACACGGAAUGAUAGUCUGGCAUUGUUCUGCUAUACUCAGUGCUUCAACCUAAUCUUCAACGCUUAUGAAGAAUGUGGUUACACUGGGGAUGCUAAUCCAGUUACUGACUGCGUCUCUAUAAUCACCACGGUUAUACCACCAGCGACAACUUAUAGUACUGUUGACAAUAAUGCUGGCAAGGAUGCAGCCUCAACUUUGUCUGCUCUCUCUGUGAUGACUCUCUUAGUAGUAGCUCUAACAGCGUUUGUUACCUUUUGAAACAACAAUAGAGCUACACGUUGUGUGUGUACGUUCCAUUAUAUACACUAUUAUAAUGCGUACAUAGAUUGACGCUUUUUAUUCCUCAGUACUUGAUGUGUAAAAAUACUUGGUUUGAGUGAACUGUCAA